UGGGUCUGGGAAUUUCAUUAUAUUAUUCACGAAUCGUUUGCAACCAACAGUAACAUCAUUAUCAUAUUAAGGAGUGGAUUAUUGUAAAGAUGUGGUAGUUUAUCAAUUCAGCAACGCGUUACUGUUGAAAUGAAAGCGAGAAAGUGUGUUAAUAAGAACCCACACAGAAACUGCUAACGUUCGUGUGACUUACGUCACAGUCAGGAAGAAGCGAUAGCUCUGCUGGAGAAAUCCUUCUUCGGCAGUGCUGUUUUGAUUAAACGGUGUAUUUCAGGGGUUUAUUCCCCUAUCUAAACCGUUCUUGUAGAUGAAAGACAGGUGUUGGUGACAUCAUGGUACCACUCCUGUUGUACCGCAUCGUCAGCUCCCUAACCUGCCAUCUAACCCAGAUCACCAUCAGCCGGAUCUACCCUAGCACUGCCACCACCAUCUCCCGCUGCCUCUCCUCCCUUACAUCCUACCCAGCCAGAGUGCUCCUGACCCCGGGUAGACCCAUCCAGCCCCUGGCCUCUUCUCCUCAAUCUUCUCCCCAGGAUGGUGGCUCCCUCCUAGGCCAGUGUCAGCACCUGGCCUGCCUCCAGCCCGCUUCAGGGAUGAAAACCAAGAGCGCUCUGAAACGGCGCUGUAAAGAUUGCUUCUUUGUGGUACGGCGGGGUCGUCUAUUUGUGUUCUGUAAGGCUCACCCCAGACACAAGCAGAGACAGGGGUGAAGAGGAGCAGGGGGGGUGACCAUGAUGUGUGUAUGGUCCUCUAAAUUGUUUGUUACUUGAAUUGCCACAGUAAAGUUUUUGACUGAUUGA